AUAAACAUUAACAGUCAAAAAUAAAUUAGAGAUAAAGACGAGUGACAACUAAAUUAAGAAAGUAAUCCGACAUUUCAAUUUGCCAGCGAACUAGUGAUGACGUCAUUAGUUUGAUACGUAAGAAAAUGAAAUUCAUUUGCACAUAAAUUCUAGAACCUUGAAGUGACAGUUUACAAUUUUGCGUGAAUGGGUAUGAAAGGGGCGUGGAAAUGCCAAACAAGCAGAAGAAAGAAAAGGAAGCAAAUAAGAAAGGAAAAGAUGAUGUGACAAGUGUCUCCAGUGAUGAGAGUGCGGCCGUCCGCUCUGCGGCCGGCAGCGGAGGGCCCGCCGCCUCUGGCGCCCCGCCGCCCGCCGCCAGCAAGAUGAAGUUUGGCAACAGCAGCAGUCCGACCAUGCGCAAGGACCGUCGCCAGAGCUCGUCGCUUUUCAACCUGUCCAGGAACCGCGAGCUGGAGAAGCUGCCUGCCUUCAAAGAGGUAGCCGCCAGCGAACGAGAGGAGCUCUUCAUCCAGAAGAUCCGGCAAUGCUGCGUGCUGUUCGACUUCGCCUCGGACCCGCUGUCCGACCUCAAAUGGAAGGAGGUGAAGCGGUUGGCGCUGCAGGAGAUGAUCGAGUACGUCUCCACACAGCGCGGAGUCAUCACGGAGAACAUCUACCCGGAGGUGGUACAGAUGGUGGCGAUGAACCUGUUUCGCACGCUGCCGCCGUCCUCCAACCCCUCGGGCGCCGAGUUUGACCCGGAGGAGGACGAACCCACCCUGGAGGCCGCCUGGCCCCACCUGCAGCUCGUCUACGAGUUCUUCCUGAGGUUCCUCGAGUCACCAGACUUCCAGCCCAACGUGGCCAAACGCCACAUCGAUCAGAAGUUUGUGCUGCAGCUGCUGGAUUCGUUCGACUCGGAAGACCCUCGAGAGCGAGACUUUCUGAAAACCACGCUACACCGCAUCUAUGGCAAGUUUCUCGGGCUGCGCUCCUACAUUAGGAAGCAAAUGAACAACAUUUUCUAUAGGUUUAUAUACGAGACCGAGAGGCACAACGGCAUCGCGGAGCUGCUGGAAAUCCUGGGCAGCAUCAUCAACGGCUUCGCGCUGCCGCUGAAGGAGGAGCACAAGUCGUUCCUGCUGAAGGUGCUGAUGCCGCUGCACAAGGUCAAGUCGCUCUCAGUCUACCACCCGCAGCUGGCCUACUGCAUUGUGCAGUUUCUGGAGAAGGACCCGUCGUUGACGGAGCCGGUGAUACUAGCGCUGCUCAAGUACUGGCCCAAGACGCACAGUCCCAAGGAGGUGAUGUUCCUCAACGAGCUGGAGGAGAUCCUGGACGUGAUGGAGCCGGCCGAGUUCCAGAAGGUGAUCACGCCGCUGUUCAGGCAGCUGGCGCGCUGCAUCUCGUCACCUCACUUCCAGGUGGCGGAGCGGGCGCUCUACUACUGGAACAACGAGUACAUCAUGUCACUGAUGACGGAGAACGCCAGCGUCAUCCUGCCCAUCAUGUACCCGGUGCUCUACAAAAACUCAAAGUCACACUGGAACAAGACGAUUCAUGGCCUCAUCUACAACGCGCUGAAGCUGUUUAUGGAGAUGAACCAGCGACUGUUCGAUGACUGCACGCAGCAAAAUAAACUGGAGAAACAAAAGGAGAAGGAGAAGCAGCGCCAGCAGGAGGAGGCCUGGCGCCGGGUGGUCGAGAUGGCCAAAAAGAACCCCGACUACCCGGCGCUGGCGUCCGAGCUGGACCUGGAGCCUCCGUCGUCCUCCUCAGGAGCCGCCGCCGCCGCCGCCGGGGGAGCGCCGGCCGCGGAAGACGACGAGGGCAGACUGGACGCCGAUAAUAUACGGAAUAAUGCUAAGGAGACUCCGGGCACCCCCCGCCCCUCGGUCCGCCCGUCGGACGACGCCCGUCGCGCCGGAGGCCCCGGCGCCGGCCCCAGCGGCGGCGCGGUCCGAUGAUCCCGAUAUGGACAUUAUUUCCUGUGCUGGCCGCUGGAAUUGUGCACUAUGGCCAACAGCGUGCCUGGCGGCAAGCCGAAGCCGCUGCUGCGGAAAAAGUCCGAACUGCCCCACGAUCCGAGCACGCAGACCGCGCUGAGCGACCACCGGCGGCCGGACGCGUUCCUCGCUGCCAACGCCGAGCUCAAGAACAACAGCUAGGGCGGCCGCGCGCGCGCGCUCGCUGCGCCGCUGCUCGUCACUGUCGUGUCACCGUCCGUCGCGGACGGCACUGUUGUUGGUUGUUAAUACGUGCUGUGGCUGGCCGCCGUCACCGGAGCGCGACGCCAGCGCCGCGCGGCGGCCGCUCUGUGAACUAGGCCGUGCCCGGAGCCGAGCUGAUGUGAUACGCAUGUGUCCCACAUUCCACAAGGCCCCCUCUACUUAUACGAUGCGUUGCCGCGCGGUGUCCCACUCGCCGCAGUCCAUACUUCUGGGGCGGGUGGUAACUGGUAAAGUGACCGGUGUGAUUUUACCCUAUGUUGACCCAUUCGAAUCCAACAAAUCGGUUUUCGAAGAGCGGCUUUGUUGUGUUACGCAUGUGACAAAAUGUACAUUUUUGUGCAAUAAAUGGUAGAAAUGUUA